AUGGGCAAAACGAUCAACACUCAAGUUACUGAUAAGUCAGACGAUUCCAGUUGGCUUGAAGAGGAACUUGCGGCAGCGCAGAUUAAUCCUAUCGACGACGAAUCCGGUCAGCAUGCUCUUACCCUCAGGAUGUGGGUGAUUGGUGUGGUUUUUGCCAUUGUUGGCUGUGGGUUGAAUACCAUAUUUGAACUGCGAAGCCCGUCCAUCAGCAUCGCAAAGUCGACAGCCCAGCUCUUGGCUUUCCCGGUUGCCCGCCUCUGGGACACAUGGGUACCGGACUACGAGGUGAAAAUAUUGAGGUGGAGGAUUUCUCUAAACCCACACCCCUUCAACAAGAAGGAACAUACCCUCAUAUUCAUCAUGGCUAAUAUCAGCUUCUAUACUCGUAUGACCGUUGAUCUCCUCAUAGAGCAAAAGAAAUUCUUUGGGAAGGAGACUGGUUGGGCAUUUGAGAUACUGAUGAUCCUGGCACUGUUUCUCAUCGGCUUUGCGUUUUCUGGGCUCACCCGAUCGACCCUGGUCAAGCCUAAAAGUCUUCUGUGGCCUGGGUUACUUAGUACCACUUCCCUGACAGGAGUCCUGCACCGCCAUGGGGGGCUUGAAAGGUCGAGCUCGCCAACUUGGCGAAUAUCAGGUUUCGCAUUCUUCUGCCUGGUGUUCGCUGGAUCGUUUUUCUGGUAUUGGCUACCCGACUUUCUGUUUCCAUCGCUGAGCUAUUUCAAUUUUCCCUGUUGGAUCAACCCCUCGAACCAUGUGGUUAAUCAGGUAUUUGGCGUUUCCUCCGGCAUGGGGCUUUUGCCACUUACCUUCGACUGGAGCCAGGUAGCCUACGUUACUUCGCCUUUGCUUGUACCGUCCUGGGCAAUCGUCAAUGUUGCUGUGGCUCUGGUCUUUUGGGUAUACGUCGUGGCCACCGCCUGCUAUUAUACGAAUGUGUGGAAUACUGGGUAUUUCCCAUUUCAAAGUUCUGAUAUAUACGACAACACUGGGGCUGUUUAUAAUGUAUCCAGGGUAUUAGGUGAGGGGACUAGCUUCCAACUAGAUGUUGUCAAGUACGAGAACUAUUCUCCAGUAUUCAUGCCUAUAACCUAUGCUUUGAAUACAUUUGCCUUGGCUAUUGCUACACUAGCUUCGCUUAUUGUUUGGGUAUCUCUUGAGCAUAGUGACGUUCUCGUGGCGGCAAUCAAAAAGCCCUGGAACCUUAUUCGGACGCUAUUUCUGAGGAAGGAAAAUGCUCAGAAUGAAGAACCGCAGAAGGGUGAUGAUGAUGUUCCCAUUUGGUGGUAUAUUAUAGCCCUUGGUUUGGGUCUCUUCUUUUCAAUCUUUUCCAUUGAGUUCUGGCACUUGGAUUUGCGAUGGUACGGGGUGCUUUUCUCGUUCCUGAUUGCCGGCGUUUUCUUCUAUCCGGUGACUUUGAUCUAUGCGAGUGCCAAUCUCAAAGUGGGGAUCGAAAUCUUGUGUCGGGUUGUGGGUGGUUUCCUCUGGGAGGGUAAACCUCUCGCAAACAACUGGUUUGUAGGGCUUGGUUAUACCACGAUCCUGAAUGGGCUCUCCUUCUCGCAGGAUAUGAAACUCUGCUCCUAUUACCACAUAUCUCCCGGGUCCGUCUUUCUGACACAGUGCGUUGGGAUUGCCAUUGGAACCGUAGGCCAAGUCGCUGUUAUCAAUUGGGCGCUGGGGCAUAUCAAGGGCAUUUGCACUUCCGAUGCAAUUAAUGGGUUUUCGUGUCCAUUUGCACGGACCGAUUUCAAUACUAGUAUUAUUUGGGGGGCCAUUGGUCCGCGUCGUUUCUUCUCUACAGUUUCGGGGUAUAGAAGCCUGUUCUACCUUUUGAUACUUGGUGGGUCCCUUCCUGUUCUGGUAUUCCUGUUAAGGCGGCGGUAUCCUAAAUCCAUGUGGAGGUAUGUUAAUGUGCCUUUAUUUUUGGGCGGGUUGAACUAUAUCCCACCCGCCACUGGCAUGAACUACGGCAGCUGGGCGAUUGUUGGGCUCGUCUUCGGGGUAUUCAUCCGACGUAAUCACAACGCAUGGUGGCGCAGCUAUAACUAUGUUCUUGGAAGUGCCUUAGACUCCUCCGUCUCCCUGGCGGGGCUUAUCAUCUUUUUUACCAUCUACUAUACAGGGGCGUCGGACAAAUUUAGCUGGUGGGGGACAGAGGUUUACAAGAAUACUUGCGACUACAAGGGAUGCCCGUACCUAUCUCUCUCGCCAAAUGAAACACUUUAAUAGUC